UGUGUGCGUGCGUGCGUGCGUGCGUGUGUGUGUGUGUGUGGGGAGGGGAGAGAGAGAGAGAGAGAGAGAGAGAGAGCGAGAGAAACGGGGCUAAACAUGGGUACGAUAUUAGGCGUGAGUUGUAAACUAGUCCUGGUCCUGAACGGAAGAACUACCAGCUCCUAGCUGACCACAAACACGGGAUUAUUAUGCCCAGCGCCAACGUGUCCGUGCGUAGUUUAUCCGAAGUAGAGAAAUACCUCGGCAGCCGGAUGGUGAGUAUCAUGACCGGAGUACCGAGGCCAGUUUUAUGAGCAUCCCUGUGUCAAUGCGUCGGGGUUCUUCAGAGAACAAUCUGGACCUGGAUCUGAGUGAUGGAUGUCUCAGCCCUACUCUGGGCUUUGAGGUCCAGCGUAGUCGUUCUUGCUUGGACAACCUCCAGCAGAAGAUACUGAAAGUCACCGAGCAGCUGAAGAUUGAGCAGACGGUGCGGGAUGAGAAUGUAGCUGAGUACCUGAAGCUGAUGAACAGUGCGGACAAGCAGCAAGUAGGGCGCAUCAAGCAGGUGUUUGAGAAGAAGAACCAGAAGUCAGCUCAGAACAUUUCCCAGAUGCAAAAGAAGCUGGAGCAGUACCAUCGAAAGAUGAAAGACAGUGAAAUCCACCACAGCCCAUCCCCUCACCCAUCCUCUGUCAAACACAGCACCAUUCCCAGGGUGUCUCCCAGAGAGCUGUUGAGGGAUAUGACUGGCAGUGGUCGACACCCGACCAUGGACAAGAUCAAGACCAUCGGACCAGGUGUUUCCCUCUCCCCUCCUUUCUUCUUCAGCAAGCCCCGAGAGUUUGCCAACCUUAUCAGGAACAAGUUUGGCAGUGCUGACAACAUCGCUCACCUCAAGACCACUCUGGAUGCUUCCUCACCGCUGCCCACUGACAGUACAGGAAAAGGGCUCAGUAGCAGCACCUCUAUGGUGGGCAAGCCCAAGUAUCCCAGUGAUGAUGAGUGCUCCUCAGAGAGCGCUUCCAUUUCAGCAGACAGUAAUGGGAACCCAGUGGGGGCAGGAGUGUCAGCAGGGCAGGCACAGGGUCAGGGUCAGGGCCAGGGCCAGGGCCAGCAGGGCGGGGGAGACGGCCAGAGCAGACUGGCCCUGAGUCUGGAGGAGGUGAGGGAGAUCAAAGACGCCCAGAGCCAGCUGGAGGAGGAUAUGGAGGAGCUAAAGUCUCAGUUCAAGAGAGAGUAUGGCAUCAUCAGUCAAACACUGCAGGAGGAGAGAUACAGGUAUGAGCGUUUGGAAGACCAACUAAAUGACCUGACAGAGCUUCACCAACAUGAGAUGGCUGAUCUGAAGCAGGAACUGGCCAGCAUCGAGGAGAGGGUGACCUACCAGGCUCAUGAAAGGGCCAGGGACAUACAGGAAGCUCUGGAGUCGUGUCAGACGCGAGUGUACAAGCUGGAGCUCCAGCAGCAGCAGCAGCAGCAGACGGUCCAGCUCGAGAGCCGUGAUGCCCGGGUCUUGCUGGGGAAGAGCAUAAACAUCAUGCUGGCCAUCAUCACCGUCAUCCUGGUGUGUGUCUCCACUGCUGCCAAGUUUGCCGCUCCACUGAUGAGGAGCCGGUACCAUGUGAUAGCUACCUUCCUGGGAGUUUGUUUUUUAACCAUGUUCUGGAAAAACUGGGACCAUUUACAGUAUGCCAUAGACAGGUUGCUAGUGCCUGCCUGAUAGUGAAGAGUGCACACUUCAGACAACACUGCAGUAACAUGUCAGUUGUCAGGAUAGGACUGUCUAAGCGGAUUGGUUGUACAAUCGUCAGAAGACAUGAUCGUCAUGCAUUUACAGAGGUCACUGUUUUUUUUUUUUAAAGUCAGACUGAAAUUAAAUUUUGGUGAUUUUUUUUUCUUGUCUAGAACUUGAAUGUGUAUUGCUAACAAUUUUCAUUUAACCUUUAAAAUAAUAUUUAUAUAACAGUACAUUUUGUUACUUCCCUAAGGAUUGCUAUGAAAUCAUCACAAGACAUAAAUAGUGAAUUCAAGGAUCAAGAGGGGUGAAGAGAAGUGCAUUAUCACUACAAUGCAGCAACAUGGGGCUCUUUCCCUCAGUUUUGGUGGAAAUAAUCAGUAGAUGAGGUAAAAUUUGGCAAAUGUUUAUUCUUUCUCAUAUUUUUUCAGCUCGAGUUUAACAUCUCUCAAACUGUUGAAAGCAUGCACACACAAACAAAACCUCAAGCUUGGUAUCUUGUUGGCCACAGCUAUGAAAUGCUAAAGGUGCUGGUAGGCAGAUUUUUACCUUUGCACAGAGACAGGUUAGCUGUUUCCCCCUGUUUUUAGUCUUUAUGCUAAGCUAAGCUAACCUAACUGGUUGUAGCUUCAUAUUUAGCAUACAGACAUGAGAGAGGUAUCAAUCUUCUAAUCUAACAAAUGUUGAACUAUUCCUUUUAAUGAAGACUCUACGGACUAUAGCACAGAGGCAAUGGACAGCCUGUUUUUUUAUGUGUUUUGUUUUUAUUCCUUAUUGCCUUGUCUGCCCUGUGUGGUCAGUCAUCUCUUAAGGUUUUUCUGUUUACUGUUCUUGAUGUUUAAUGUGCAAUAUAUUUGAUUUCUAAGAGCACUGUUUUUAGAAUGUUUCUUUUAGGAGUUUAUGUUUUACGUCCGUGUUUUACAGUGACAGGGUGUUGGUGUUGGGGGGAUGGAUUGGGUGAGGAAGUGUCAUUAAUGCUUGCAUGAGAGAUCUAUAACCACUAAAGCCACUGCUGGGCUCUAAUAAGACCAGCUGUCUCCUCUCUCAAGGGCCAAAAAUCAAUCCCACUGCAUUACCGUGCUGGUAGCGUGGUAAUAUCAACACACGGCAGUGCAGGCACAGAUGCACAUGCACCCAAACAAUACAAAAACAGAGUCAGUCACUUGGCUCUUUUUAUGUCUUAUGGGUCUGAUGUUUGUCUUUUACUAAUAAUGUGAUUGAGAAGCGAUGGAUUAUACUGUGAUACAAGGCCUUGUUCCAAGGAAAAAUGCAUUUCCCUGUUUUUUUAAAGAAGCAACAAACAGCCUUCAGUACUCCAAUGAUGACAGAGGAGCACAUUAUAGGCUCUAAGUGAUGAACCACGAGCCUAUUUUUUUGGAGUGACUAAUGUAUUAUUUCAUUUUUGUCUUACGAACAUUACCUAUGAGGAUCUCCAAUGAAGCUACGGACCACUUUUUAAUGUUUGUCUGCCAUAAUAACAUGUUUAUGUUGAUGUUUGUUGUCGUCUCUCUGUUGUUCUACUGACUGUAUCAUAUGUUUUUGUUCUUCUUAUGACAUAUUUGAGGAAGUUUUACCUGCAGAACUACAGAUCUGGUUUACAUUCUCUUUUCAUCUCUGGUGCACUAUGUGAUCAAUCAGUUGUAUUUUCAUGCAUUACGUGCCUUUGUCUGACAAUUUCUGUUAAAUUAAAUAAGCCUUUUUAAUCAA